UUUUCAUAUACAAAAUGUUAUUUUGUUUGUUUUUUUUUACAAUUCAGAUAGAUAUGUUAAAUUGUUAAACUGACUUUUAUUGCAUUUAUUGCGUGGUGUAGGGACAAUGUUAAUCCUUUCGCCCUGGGGCUGGGCAUGCGAAGCCGACCGGCGUUAAUAAUUCAUUAAUUUGAGCUAUCUUUUCUAAACCAAAAGCAAAUCUAAUUCAUGAUGAAUGCCAUUGCCAUGACCAGCAUCCCACAACCCAUUGUUCCUUCCACCAUCAACCGAAACCUCUUCAACUCCCUCUCUGCUGCUUCCUCUCUUUCACACCUUAAGCAAGUCCACGCUCAAAUCCUCCGCUCUGGCCUUGACCGCUCCAAUUCCCUCCUCAUCAAACUCAUCCUCUCCGCUUGCACCCUAUCAUCCCCGUCCUUCGAUUACGCUCUAUCCGUCUUCCAUCAAAUGCACAACCCAGAACCCCAUCUCUCUAAUAAAUUCUUGCGUCAACUUUCUCGAAGCAGCAACCCUGAAAAGACUCUUCUAGCAUACGCCAAGAUGAGGGAGCAAGGAUUUGUUAUUGAUAGUUUUAGCUUGCCACCGCUUCUCAAGGCGUCCACGAGAAUUUCAGCUUUAAAUGAAGGGAUGGAACUUCAAGGGUUCGCUACAAAAAUGGAUUUUGUGUCGGACCCGUAUGUGCAGACGGGUUUGGUUGCAAUGUAUGCCGCCUCCCGACACAUUGAAGAUGCACGGUUGGUGUUUGAUAAAAUGUCCCACAGAGAUAUAGUUGCUUGGGAUAUGAUGAUUAAUGGUUAUUGCGCAAGUGGGAGCUACAGCAAUGUGUUGCCCUUGAUUGAGGAGAUGAAAAGAUCGAACAUAAAACCAGAUGAAAAGAUCUUCUCAACCAUCCUCUCUGCUUGUAGCCGUGCUGGAAAUCUAGAAUUCGGGAAAGCAUUUCACGAGUUUAUCAUUGAAAACAAAGUUGUAAUUGAUUACAACCUGCAUUGCGCACUCAUCAUUAUGUAUGCAGGUUGUGGCUCCAUGGACAUGGCCGGGAGUUUAUUCAAAGAGCUGUCCCCAAAGAACAUAGUUGUAUCAACUUCCAUGAUUACUGGGUAUUCAAAUACCGGACAGAUCGAGGCCGCCCGCCAACUGUUCGAUCAAAUGCCUCAAAAAGACUUGGUUUGCUGGAGUGCAAUGAUUUCUGGAUAUGCAGAGGGAGAUCAGCCUCAGGAAGCCCUUGGAUUGUUUCAGCAACUGCUAAAUUCGGGACUGAAACCUGAUCAGAUCACCAUGCUGAGUGUAAUUUCAGCUUGUGCUCAUCUAGGCGCUCUCGAUCAUGCAAUCGAAAUCCAAUCGUAUGUUGACAAGAAUCAAUUUGGUGAAAUAUUAUCGGUGAACAAUGCACUUAUUGACAUGUAUGCCAAAUGUGGAGCCCUGGAGAAGGCGAGAGGAGUCUUUGCAAGGAUGCAUACACGAAAUGUCAUUACCUGGAGCACCAUGAUCGGAGCGUAUGCUGUUCAUGGAGAAGCUGUAAAAGCUCUUGAUCUAUUCCAUCAAAUGAGACUCCAAAAAGUUCACCCAAAUGGUGUAACUUUUGUGGCUUUGUUGUAUGCUUGUAGCCAUGGAGGUUUAGUCCAAGAGGGUAAAAAAAUGUUCGCAUCAAUGGUUAACGAGUACAAUAUUACACCCAAACGUGAGCAUUUCGGUUGCAUGGUGGAUCUUUUUGGUCGAGCCAAUAUGCUUAGAGAAGCUCUUGAGGUAAUUGAGGAGAUGCCCAUGGCACCAAAUGUUGUCAUCUGGGGUUCCUUGAUGGCUGCUUGUCGGAUCCACAAUGAGGUUGAACUCGGUGAGUUUGCAGCAAACCGUGUUCUUGAGCUUGACCCGUAUCAUGAUGGAGCCCAUAUUUUGUUAUCGAAUAUAUACGCCAAAGAAAAGAGAUGGGAAAAUGUUGGGGAAAUGAGGAAAGUUAUGCAAAAUAAGGGAAUCUUGAAGCAACGAGGGUGUAGUAGAAUUGAAUUGAAUGGUAAAUUACAUGAGUUUUUAACAGCGGAUCGAAAUCAUGAAGAUGUAGAUGAGAUAUAUGGUAAGUUAGAUGAGGUGGUAAGUGAGUUAGAGGUGGCGGGUUACACUCCAAAUAUGUGCAGUGUUUUGGUUGAUUUGGAGGAAGAAGAGAAGAAAAAGGUGAUUUUAUGGCACAGUGAGAAGUUGGCGUUGUGUUAUGGGUUGGUGAGAAGGAAAAGGGGAGAUUGUAUACGAAUAAUUAAGAAUCUGAGAGUAUGUGAAGAUUGUCAUAACUUCAUGAAACUAGCUUCCAAGGUUUAUGAAAUUGAGAUUGUGGUACGUGAUAGAACUAGGUUUCACCGUUACAUUGAUGGUGUUUGUUCAUGCAAAGACUAUUGGUGAUUGAUUCAUUUAUUAUAUGCGUGCUCAAAGUAUUUUUUUUA